AUGCCCAAACUUCAGAGUCUUCUGCUUGACACUGUCAUGCAAGGCCGCCAGCGUCGGUCUCGACCCAUGCUCUUUCGGCUACCUGCCGAGAUACUAGACAAAAUCAUUGAUUUGCUAGAGGACGACAAGGAAGCUCUGGCUUCCCUCGCGCUGGUAGAUAGCGAUUGUUGGUACCUCGCUCGUACGCGCCAGUUCACUCAGAUUCGUUUCGACUACAGUCUUCAGUCGCACGAGCUGCUCAGGCGCAUGGCAACCGAGCCUUCUGAUGACAAAAACGAGACGAAGCCUUUGUUUCCUAUUGGCGUUUGCGUGCGCAAAGUUACCGCUUCGGGAGUUUUUUUCCCCCACUAUUCACCCGGAGUUUCGAUCAGCGGGCUUGAGCAGUCGGUUAACGAGCUCCAGGUCGCGGCUGAUGCGGACUACGUCAACCAACGAAAGCUCCUCGUAGCCGGGAUUGCCUCCAAAAUGCCCAAUCAUGAUGUUCUUGUCUGCAACGAUCAGGUUGGUCUGGACAAUGACUUUAUUGAGGCCAUUUCCCGUUGUUUUGCCAAGCAUGUCAAGUUUAAAAGAAUACAGAUUGACAAAACGUGGCCGAUGAGACCGUUUUUGGCCCCUGUCCGAUGCAAUCCUGGGCAACACGGUAACGAUAGCAUGGAUGAUCCCACAUCUGCUUUCUUCAAUACGCUCUUUCAACGUUGCUCUUCUACGCUUGAGUCUUUGACUUGGUCGCACAUGAAAGAGUUCAAAAAUAUCGUCAAGGCCUCUCUAGACGAUUCAAAUCUCACAUUUCCUCGUCUACGAUGUCUUAGACUGGAGCAUUCAUAA